AUGCCGUUCGAGAACCCGUUCGCCUACAUCGACCCGAUCAAUUGUAGCUUGACGUUCAUGUUUACCCAACUGUUCAAGGAUUCUUUGAACGAGUACGCCUACGACGCGGGCUUGGCUGGGUUGAAGUGGGAACUGAGCAACAGCAAACACGGCAUGAGCUUGAGCUUAACGGGCUACGAUCACAAGUUGCACACUUUGUUGGACAAAAUCUUGGAGCGGAUGGUCAACUUUGAGGUGGACGAGAAGAGAUUCGAGAUAUGGAGGGAGAACUACAUAAGAAGCCUCAAGAACUUCGAAGCGGAGCAGCCGUACCAGCACGCGGCCUACUACCUCGCUGUGCUCUUGUCCGAGCACGUUUGGGUGAAAAACGAGUUGCUGAACACCUGCUCGAUGCUGACCGCCGACAAGAUGAAGCAGUUCAUUCCCCUGUUUAUGAGUAAGAUGCAUAUAGAGUGCCUGAUUCACGGCAACGUAACGAGGAGCGAAGCCUCCCAGACCGCCAAGCUGGUGGAGUCGAAGUUUGUGAACAGCGUGAAGGACCUGAUGCCUCUACUGCCCAGGCAGAUGGUACCCUACCGGGAACUACAACUGCCCCAAGGCUGCCACUACCUCUACGAGGCCGAAAACAAGCACCACAAGAGCUCGUGCACGGAAGUUUAUUACCAGAGCGGCAUGCAGUCGACCGAGAGCAAUAUGCUGCUCGAGCUCAUUAGUCAAAUCAUAUCCGAGCCGUGCUUCAACAUCCUACGGACCAAAGAACAAUUGGGAUACAUCGUUUUCAGUGGUAUACGCCGAGCGGACGGGGUCCAGGGCCUGAAAAUCCUCGUCCAGAGCGGCCACCACCCGCAGUUCGUCGAGAGGAGGAUCGACUCGUUCACCAGCCAAAUGAAGCUUUUCUUAACAUAA